UCGCCCUUCACAAACCCUUCAGUAACAUUUCCCCUUUCCUUGCAGUCACCAGGAGAACCAAGAAGCUAAUUUCUCUCAAUCAAGGUGGUGCUCUUAAUGCCUCAGCAGAAUGGCAGAAGGUGCAGAUGGAGAGGAAGAGAUUCAGUUCUUGCGUACGGAUGAUCAAGUGGUUCUGCAAUGCACAGCCUCCAUUUUAAAAGAGCAGAUCAAAGUCUGCCUCUCAUGUGAAGGAUUCGGGAAUCGUCUCUGUUUCCUGGAGACCACCUCCAAUGCUCAGAAUGUACCACCUGAUUUGGCGAUCUGCUGCUUCAUACUGGAGCAGUCCUUAUCUGUGCGUGCGCUACAGGAGAUGCUGUCCAACACUUCUGUGGAUGAGGCUGUGGAUUUGGACAAAUGGUCUUCACAAGGUGGGGGUCAUCGUACUCUCUUGUACGGACAUGCCAUCCUCUUAAAACACACUCAUUCAAGCAUGUACUUGAGCUGUUUGACAACAUCACGCUCUCUCACAGACAAGCUGGCAUUUGAUGUGGGCUUGCAGGAAGACUCCACAGGAGAAGCCUGCUGGUGGACAAUCCAUCCGGCCUCCAAGCAGAGAUCUGAAGGCGAGAAAGUCCGAGUGGGAGAUGAUCUGAUUCUUGUCAGUGUUUCAUCAGAGCGAUAUUUGCAUCUGUCCUACGCCAGCGGUGACUUAAUGGUCGAUGCUUCCUUCAUGCAAACCUUGUGGACAAUGACUCCUGUGAUGUCGGGUUGUGAGCUAGCUGAAGGUUUUCUGACUGGAGGAUAUGUGCUUAGACUCUUCCAUGGUCACAUGGAUGAGUGUUUGGCGAUCCCAGCAGCUGACCAAGGAGAUGAUCAACGCAGAGUUGCUCAUUAUGAAGGAGGAGCUGUGUGCAGUCACGCUCGGUCCUUAUGGAGACUUGAGCCACUGCGUAUCGCGUGGAGCGGUGGUCACAUUAAAUGGGGCCAGUCAUUUAGGAUACGUCACAUAACAACCGGAAGGUACCUUUUCCUGGAUGAAGAAAAGGGGCUGCUAUUGGUGGACAGUGAGAAAGCCAAUUCUAAAAUGGCAGCCUUCUGCUUCAGAAUUUCCAAGGAAAAAAUCGAAGUCACUCAGAAGCGUGAUGUGGAAGGGAUGGGCAUUCCUGAGAUUAAGUAUGGAGAGUCCAUGUGUUUUGUGCAACAUGCUUCAUCUGGUCUCUGGCUCACAUAUGCAGCUGUGGAUGCCAAAUCUGCCCGUUUAGGUCCUCUGAAGAGAAAGGCCAUCCUCCAUAAAGAAGGUCACAUGGAUGAUGCACUCACAGUUGCACGCUCUCAGACUGAAGAAUCCCAAGCCGCGAGGAUGAUUUACAGUACAACAGGCCUCUUCAACCAGUUCAUCAAAGGUCUAGAUGCCCUGAGUGGGAAAAACAAAUCUGCAAAUCCGCCUAAUCUCCCGAUGGACACGGUGGUGCUCUCACUUCAAGACCUGAUUUUUUACUUCCGUCCCCCUGAGGAGGAGCUGGAACAUGAGGACAAACAGUUCAAGCUCCGUUCCCUCAAGAACAGACAGAACCUUUUUCAGGAAGAGGGGAUGAUUACCCUCGUUUUGGACUGCGUUGAUCGUCUCAAUGUCUACAACACAGCGGCACACUUCUCAGAAUAUGCUGGGGAAGAAGCUGCAGAGUCAUGGAAGGAGAUAGUAAAUUUACUCUAUGAGUUGCUAGCUUCUCUGAUCCGAGGCAAUCGAUCAAACUGUGCGCUGUUCUGCGAUAACCUUGACUGGCUGGUCAGUAAAUUAGAUCGUUUGGAGGCCUCUUCAGGCAUCCUGGAAGUGUUGUACUGUGUUCUGAUUGAGAGUCCAGAGGUUCUCAAUAUCAUCCAGGAGAAUCACAUCAAAUCCAUCAUUUCUUUACUGGAUAAGCACGGACGCAAUCACAAGGUUCUCGAUGUGCUCUGCUCUUUAUGUGUGUGCAACGGUGUGGCUGUGAGGUCAAACCAAAACCUAAUUACAGAGAAUCUACUUCCCGGCCGUGACCUCCUCCUUCAAACCAACAUUAUCAAUUAUGUCACCAGCAUGAGACCCAACAUUUUUCUUGGCACCUGCGAAGGAUCCACUCAGUAUAAAAAGUGGUAUUUUGAGGUGAUGGUGGAUCACGUUGAGCCGUUCCUUACUGCUCAGCCAUAUCACCUGCGUGUGGGCUGGGCUCUGACGGAGGGAUACAGCCCGUACCCCGGUGGAGGCGAGGGCUGGGGGGCCAAUGGUGUCGGGGAUGAUCUCUACUCCUACGCUUUUGAUGGGCUUCACCUCUGGUCAGGCCGUGUUCCGCGCCAUGUCGCCACGCCUAAUCAGCACAUUCUGGCAGCAGAGGAUGUGGUCAGCUGCUGUUUGGACCUGAAUGUGCCCAGCAUUUCGUUCCGCAUCAACGGCCAUCCUGUUCAGGGCAUGUUUGAGAACUUCAACUUGGAUGGCCUCUUCUUCCCUGUUGUCAGCUUCUCUGCAGGCGUAAAGAUCCGAUUCCUUCUUGGCGGCCGUCAUGGGGAUUUUAAGUUCCUUCCACCUCCGGGCUAUGCUCCUUGCUACGAGGCAGUGUUGCCAAGGGAUCGUUUGCGGAUCGAGCCCAUUAAGGAGUAUAAACAUGACUUUGAUGGUGUCCGUAAUCUGCUCGGUCCAACACAGUCCCUCUCACACACUUCCUUCACUCCCUGCCCUGUGGACACUAUACAGAUUGUACUUCCUCCCCAUUUGGAGCGUAUUCGAGAGAAGCUAGCCGAGAAUAGCCACGAGUUAUGGGCAGUGACUCGCAUUGAGCAAGGGUGGACCUACGGACCAUUUCGGGAUGACAACAAGAAGCUGCACCCAUGCCUGGUUGACUUCCAGAGUCUGCCUGAACCAGAGAAAAACUAUAACUUGGCAAUGUCAGGAGAAACUCUCAAGACUUUGCUGGCACUGGGCUGCCAUGUAGGAAUGGGAGAUGAGAAAGCAGAGGAGAAUCUCAAAAGAACCAAGCUUCCUAAAACUUAUAUGCAGAGUAGCGGCUAUAAGCCUGCUCCCCUGGACCUCAACCACGUCAAGCUGACUCCUAAUCAGAACACUCUCGUUGAGAGACUGGCGGAAAAUGGACACAAUGUGUGGGCCAGAGAUCGAGUUCGCCAGGGCUGGACGUACAGUAUCGUGCAGGAUAUCAUGAACAAGCGUAAUCCUCGUCUGGUUCCUUACAACCUUUUGGAUGAGAAGACCAAAAAGACUAACAGAGAUACAGUUUGUGCAGCGGUUCGCACCCUCAUUGGCUAUGGCUACAACAUUGAACCACCUGACCAGGAGAGCAGUGGACAUGGAGCAGGCAGCUCUCGUGGAGAUAAGAUCAGAGUGUUCAGAGCAGAGAAGUCUUACGCUGUCACACAGGGGAAGUGGUAUUUUGAAUUUGAGGCUGUGACGGUUGGAGAGAUGAGAGUGGGCUGGGCCCGACCCAGCGUUCGAGCUGACACUGAACUUGGUGCAGAUGAGUGGGCCUAUGUCUUCAACGGUUUCAAGGCACAACGAUGGCACGUGGGAAAUGAGUCAUUUGGUCGUCAGUGGCAAUCUGGCGACGUGGUGGGUUGCAUGAUUGACCUAACAGAGAUGAACAUCAUGUUCACACUCAAUGGAGAGAUGUUGAUCAGUGACUCGGGCUCAGAGAUGGCCUUUAAGGACAUUGAGAUCGGAGAGGGCUUCAUACCUGUAUGCAGUCUGGGCUUGUCCCAGGUGGGCCGCAUCAACUUGGGUCAGAAUGUCAGCAGCCUCCGUUACUUUACCAUCUGCGGUCUCCAGGAGGGAUUCGAACCCUUUGCCAUCAACAUGAAAAGAGACAUCACAAUGUGGUUCAGCAAGAGCCUUCCUCAGUACAUUACUGUACCAACUGAACACCCUCACAUUGAGGUGUCUCGUGUUGACGGAACAGUGGAAACUGCCCCCUGUCUCAAGGUGACCCACAAGACAUUUGGAUCCCAGAAUGCCAACACAGAUUUGCUGUUCUUCAGGCUCAGCAUGCCAGUGGAGUUCCACGAGACUUUCAAAGUCCCUGCAGGGACCACCCUCCUCACUCGUGCCCUCACUAUCCCUGAGGAUGAGGUGGUAGAGGUGGAUCCAGACUCUGACUUUGAAAUACUCAAGAAGUCAGCCACCCGCAAAGAACAGGAGGAAGAGAAGAAAGAACCCUCUGUGCCUAAGGAGAUACCUGCCCUCAAGAACGGCGAAAACGAGAAGGAUGCUUCCACUGAGAAAAGCAAGAAAAAAGGAUUCCUUUUCAAGGCCAAGAAGGCUGCAUUAAUAACUCCACCACCUGUUGUUCCCACCAUGCCCCGCUUGGUGGAAGACGUAGUGCCAGAUGACAGGGAUGACAUGGACAUAAUCCUCAACACCACCACGUACUACUAUUCUGUACGAGUGUUUGCGGGCCAGGAGCCAAGUGGGGUGUGGGUGGGCUGGAUCACACCUGACUAUCACCAGUACGAUCCACAUUUUGACCUCAGCAAAGUGAGGAAUGUAACGGUCACCGUAGGUGAUGAUAAAGGCAACAUUCAUGACAGUAUAAAACGCAGUAACUGCUACAUGGUAUGCGGAGGUGAAUUCAGCAGCUCCCAGCAAACCCGAGUGAGCCAGGAAGACUUUGUGAUUGGCUGCCUCAUCGAUUUGGACACAGGACUCAUGACCUUUACUGCGAAUGGAAAAGAGAUCAACACAUUCUACCAGGUGGAGCCCAAUACAAAACUGUUUCCAGCUGUCUUUGUCCUGCCUUCUAGUCAGAAUAUGAUCCAGUUUGAGCUUGGCAAACUCAAGAACAUUAUGCCGAUCUCCGCGGCCAUGUUCAGGAGUGAACGCAAGAACCCAGUGCCCCAGUGCCCUCCCAGGUUGGACGUCCAAAUGUUAACCCCGGUCAUCUGGAGCCGCAUGCCCAACCACUUCUUGGCUCCAGAGACAGGACGCAUUAGUGAAAGACUGGGAUGGCUUGUUCAGUGCCAGGAGCCGCUCACCAUGAUGGCCCUCCAUAUUCCAGAAGAGAACAGGUGCAUUGACAUUCUAGAGCUAUCCGAACGAAUGGACUUGCUGAAGUUUCACUAUCACACUCUGAAGCUGUAUGGUUCAGUCUGUGCUCUGGGCAACAACCGUGUGGCUCAUGCUCUGUGUAGCCACGUGGAUGAAUCCCAGCUCUUCUACGCCAUAGAGAACACCUACCUUCCCGGACCAAUGAGGAGUGGCUUUUAUGACCUGCUUAUCAGCAUGCACCUUGAGUCCGCAAAGAGGAACCGGUUGGGAACCAAUAAGGAAUUCAUAGUUCCAAUGUCAGACGAGACACGUAGCAUCACUUUGUAUUCUGACAAGUCGCAUGCUUUACCGGGUGUUGGUCUCACCACAUGCCUGCGUCCCAAGCUCCAUUUUUCCUCCAUUGGGUUUGUCGGAACAGAUCCAGACAUCUACACACUGAGUCCUGUAGUUCCUUUGCAGGUACUCAAGACUAAAGCGUUAAACAUGCUUAUAGAAGCUGUGCAAGAUGGAGGCCAAGCCAUGAGAGAUCCUGUCGGGGGUAGUGUUGAGUUCCAUUUUGUGCCAAUCCUGAAGCUCAUCAGUACCCUCCUUAUCAUGGGUGUGUUUGACGAUGAAGAUGUCACUCACAUCCUGGAGAUGAUUGAGCCAACAGUCUUUGGUGGUAAGAAGACAGAGGAGCCUGUUGAAGAGAUUGUUAAAGUCAAGGAAGAGAAGGAACCUAAAGUGACUCUAAAAGCGCAGCUAGACAAAGAUGAAGCGCAAGAAGAUGUACUGGAAGAGGAAGGGGAGGAGGAGUUUGAAGAUGAUGGACUUGGGGAAGAGCAGGAGGAAGAGUUGGAGGAAGAGGAAGAAGAAUUGGAGGAGGCGGAACCCAUUUUGCCACAUGAAGAAAUGGUAGAUGAGACAGAGCCAGUGAAUGGGGAGAAAGGAGCAGACGAGACAGAGAAAGACAUCAAACCUGGUGAGAUGAGCGGUGAGGCUAAAGAGGAACAUUUCGAGCAAGGACUGUUCCAAAUGAAGCUACCUGAGUCUGUCAAAUUACAGAUGUGUACUCUGCUGCAGUAUUUCUGUGACUGCGAGCUCCGCCACAGGGUAGAAGCCAUCAUAGCCUUUUCCGACAAACUAGUCAGCCAGAUACAGUCCAACCAGAGGCAACGGUACAAUGAGUUGAUGUUGGCUUUCACAAUGAGUGCUGCCGAGACCGCACGCAAGACCCGUGAAUUCCGAUCCCCACCACAAGAACAGGUCAACAUGCUCAUGAACUUCAAGAACUGUGCAGAAGAUGAAGACUGCCCAGUUCCAGAAGAAGUCCGUGAAGCUCUGCAAGCCUUUCACAAUGCUCUACUCGAACAUUGUGGUGUCCAUAUUGAGGAGGAGGAGCAAGAGGAGGUGAUAGAUUAUUCUCUACGUGGACGACUGUUCCGUUUACUGGAAAGGGUGAAAAAAAUCCGCCAGAAGAAAGUUGAAGAGGAGCCUGAACCCGAGGAAGAUAAAAAACCAACCACCCUUCAGGAGCUGAUUUCCCAUACUAUGAUCCACUGGGCCCAGGAGUCCUUUAUCCAGAACCCAGAGCUUGUUCGUAUGAUGUUCAGCCUCCUCCACAGGCAGUAUGAUGGACUGGGGGAACUCAUCCGUGCCCUCCCUAAGGCCUACACCAUAAAUGCAGUCUCGAUCCAGGACACUAUGGAUCUGUUGGAGUGCUUGGGCCAGAUCCGCUCCCUUCUUAUAGUCCAGAUGGGUCCAGAGGAGGAGAGGCUCAUGAUUCAAAGCAUUGGGAAUAUUAUGAGCAACAAAGUUUUCUAUCAGCACCCGAACUUGAUGAGAGCUCUGGGCAUGCAUGAAACUGUCAUGGAGGUCAUGGUUAAUGUACUAGGAGGGGGGGACUCAAAGGAGAUCAGGUUUCCCCGUGUGGUGACAAACUGUUGUCGCUUUCUGUGCUAUUUCUGUCGUAUCAGUCGUCAGAACCAGCGCUCUAUGUUUGAUCAUCUCAGCUAUCUGCUGCAGAACAGCGGCAUCGGCCUGGGAAUGCGAGGCUCCACCCCUUUGGAUGUGGCUGCAGCCUCAUGUAUUGACAACAAUGAACUGGCGUUGGCUCUACAAGAACAAGAUCUAGAAAUGGUGGUGAAGUAUUUAGCUGGAUGUGGACUUCAGAGCUGUCCGAUGCUGCUUUCAAAAGGCUACCCAGACAUCGGCUGGAAUCCAUGUGGAGGAGAGAAAUACCUUGAUUUUCUGCGUUUUGCUGUAUUUGUCAAUGGAGAGAGCGUAGAAGAGAAUGCCAACGUCGUGGUGCGCCUCCUUAUCCGGAGGCCUGAAUGCUUCGGUCCAGCCCUGAGAGGGGAAGGUGGUAAUGGUCUUUUGGCUGCCAUUGAAGAAGCCAUCAAAAUAUCAGAGGAUCCUGCAAGAGACGGUCCAAGUGUGAAGAAAGACAGACGCUUUCCCAUGUUUGGAGGGGAGGAGCAACAUGAAGAAAACAGGGUGCACCUUGGAAACGCCAUCAUGUCAUUCUACUCGGCCCUUAUUGACUUGCUGGGGCGUUGUGCCCCCGAGAUGCACUUGAUCCAGGCUGGAAAAGGCGAGGCCCUGAGGAUUCGAGCUAUCCUAAGGUCUCUGGUUCCUAUUGAGGAUUUGGUGGGAGUCAUUAGCCUUCCUGUUCAGAUUCCUUCUUUUGGAAAAGACAACAGCAUCAUCGAACCAAAGAUGUCAGCCAGUUUUGUGCCAGAUCACAAAGCUCCGAUGGUUCUGUUCCUGGACAGAGUGUAUGGUAUUGAUAAUCAGGAUUUCCUCCUCCAUGUGCUGGAGGUGGGCUUUCUCCCCGACAUGAGGGCUGCUGCCUCUCUUGACACAGCUGCCUUCAGCACCACCGAGAUGGCCCUCGCUCUGAACCGUUACCUGUGCUCUGCUGUGCUGCCACUCAUCACCAAGUGUGCCCCACUCUUUGCUGGCAGUGAUCACCGAGCUAUCAUGAUUGACUCCAUGUUGCACACAAUCUACCGGCUUUCUCGUGGACGAGCAUUUACAAAGGCCCAACGGGACAUCAUUGAGGAGUGCCUUAUGGCUUUGUGCAAGCAUCUACGCCCAUCUAUGCUUCAGCAUCUGCUCCGACGGUUGGUGUUUGAUGUGCCCAUUCUCAAUGAGUAUGCCAAAAUGCCACUGAAACUGUUGACCAACCACUAUGAGCGUUGCUGGAAAUAUUACUGCCUCCCCAAUGGUUGGGCCAACUUUGGUGUUGCAUCAGAGGAAGAGCUGCACCUGACCCGCAAACUGUUCUGGGGCAUCUUUGAGUCCCUUGCACACAAGAAAUUUGAUGCUGAGAUUUUCAAAAUCUCUAUGCCAUGCAUUUGUGCCAUCGCCGGCGCCAUUCCUCCGGACUACGUAGAUGCCAGCUAUUCUUCCAAAACAGAAAAGAAGGCAUCAGUGGAUGCAGAGGGCAACUUUGAUCCGAAACCUGUCGAGACCACAAACACCAUCAUCCCAGAAAGACUGGAUGCGUUUAUCAACAAAUACGCUGAAUAUACUCAUGAUAAAUGGGCUUUUGAAAAGAUCCAGAAUAAUUGGUCAUACGGUGAAGUCCUGGAUGAAAAUGCAAAAACUCACCCCAUGCUUAGACCAUACAAGACAUUCUCAGAGAAGGACAAAGAGAUCUACCGCUGGCCUAUCAAAGAGUCCAUCAAGGCCAUGCUGGCAUGGGAGUGGACCAUAGACAAGGCCAGAGAGGAAGAAGAAUCAGAAAAGAAAAAGGCGGCAUCGCGGAAAAUCUCACAGACAGCUCAGGCAACCUACGACCCAAGCCACGGUUACAGUCCACAGCCUAUUGACAUCACACACAUGGCUCUCUCAAGAGACUUACAGUCUAUGGCUGAACAGCUGGCAGAAAAUUAUCAUAAUACAUGGGGUAGGAAGAAGAAGCUGGAGCUUCAAGCCAAAGGUGGUGGGACACAUCCUCUUCUGGUUCCAUAUGACACUCUGACUGCAAAAGAAAAGGCACGAGACAGGGAGAAGGCCUAUGAGCUGCUCAAGUUCCUGCAGCUAAAUGGAUAUGCAGUCACAAGGGGCUUGAAAGACAUGGAGUCUGACAUUUCUUCCAUCGAGAAAAGAUUUGCUUACGGCUUUCUGCAGAAGCUGCUGAAAUGGAUGGAAAUCGCCCAGGAGUUUAUUGCUCAUCUCGAGGCUGUAGUAAGCAGUGGACGCGUAGAAAAGUCUCCUCAUGAACAGGAAAUCAAGUUCUUUGCAAAGAUCCUGAUGCCGCUGAUUAACCAGUAUUUCAAAAAUCACUGCCUCUACUUCUUGUCCACUCCUGCCAAAGUCCUGGGUAGUGGUGGCCAUUCGUCCAAUAAGGAGAAAGAGAUGAUUGCAAGUAUCUUCUGUAAAAUGUCUGCUCUGGUGAGACACAGAGUUUCUCUCUUUGGAACGGAUGCACCGGCCAUUGUCAAUUGUCUUCACAUUCUGGCCCGAUCGUUGGAUGCAAGAACUGUUAUGAAGUCGGGGCCAGAGAUAGUUAAAGCUGGCUUGCGAUCAUUCUUUGAGAGUGCUGCUGAUGAUAUAGAGAAGAUGGUGGAGAACCUUAAACUGGGCAAAGUAUCAAAAGGCAAUCAGCAAGUGAAAGGCGUAUCCCAGAAUAUCAACUACACAACCAUUGCUUUGCUCCCAGUGCUCACUUCCCUGUUUGAUCACAUUGCCCAGCACCAGUUUGGAGAUGAUGUCAUGUUGGAUGACCUGCAGAUGUCGUGCUAUCGAAUCAUGUGUAGCAUCUACUCCCUUGGGACCGUCAAGAAUCCACAUGUUGAGAGACAGAGACCAGCUCUGGGAGAGUGUUUGGCUCACCUGGCAGCAGCCAUGCCAGUGGCCUACUUGGAGCCCUAUCUAAAUGAAUACAAUGCUUUCUCUGUCUACACUACCAAGACCCCCAGAGAAAGAGCUAUCUUGGGCCUUCCCAAUGAAGUCCAAGAGCUUUGUCCAGAUAUACCAGAGCUGGAUUCCCUUCUGAAAGAGAUUGGAGACUUGGCAGAGUCAGGGGCCCGCUAUACAGAGAUGCCGCAUGUCAUUGAGAUCACUUUGCCUAUGCUGUGUAACUAUCUGCCUCGCUGGUGGGAACGAGGAUCUGAGAACUUCACUGACAUGGAGGGUCAACUUUGCACUGCGGUCACAUCAGAACACCUCAAUCAGUUACUUGGCAGCAUUAUGAAAAUUGUAGUCAACAACCUGGGUAUAGAUGAAGCCUCCUGGAUGAAGAGGUUGGCUGUGUUUUCACAGCCCAUUGUGAGUCGGGCCAAACCUGAAAUGCUCAAAUCCCAUUUCAUCCCAACGAUGGAGAAGCUGAAAAAGCGCACAUCAAAGGUGGUGGCUGAGGAAGACCAUUUGCGGAUGGAGGGCAAAUCAGAAGGUGACGAGGAAGACGGCACCAUUCGAGAUGAGUUUGCUGUCCUCUGCCGAGACCUGUAUGCUUUGUACCCGCUCCUCAUCCGCUACGUGGACAACAACAGGGCAAAAUGGCUGACAUGCCCGGACCCUGAUGCUGAGGAACUCUUCCGCAUGGUUGGAGAGGUCUUUAUAUUCUGGUCGAAAUCUCACAACUUCAAGCGAGAGGAGCAGAAUUUUGUGGUGAUGAAUGAGAUCAAUAACAUGUCAUUCCUCACUGCUGAUAGCAAGAGCAAAAUGAGCAAGGGCGGGGACUCAGAGGGUGGAGGCUCGGAUGCAGAGCGUACCAAGAAGAAGAAACGGGGGGAUCGCUACUCGGUGCAGACCUCUCUCAUUGUUGCUGCUUUGAAGAAGAUGCUCCCAAUAGGUCUCAACAUGUGCUCCCCUGCUGAUCAGGAGCUUAUUAACUUGGCUAAGAUUCGAUACUCUUUGAGAGACACUGAUGAAGAAGUGAGGGAGUUUCUACAGAAUAAUCUUCACCUGCAGGGAAAGGUGGACAACCCAUCCAUGCGCUGGCAGAUGGCCCUCUACAAGGAAAUGGCAGGAAAGGCAGAGGAUGCCGAUGCACCAGAGAAAGUGGUCAAGAGAGUGCAGGAGGUCUCCGCCGUCCUCUAUCAUCUUGAAGUGACUGAGCACCCGUUUAAAUCCAAGAAGAUGGUAUGGCAUAAAUUGUUAUCCAAGCAGAGACGCAGGGCUGUAGUUGCUUGCUUCAGAAUGACACCACUGUACAACAUCCCAAGGCACAGAGCUUCCAAUAUGUUCCUUGAAGGUUACAAGCGAAACUGGCUUCACACUGAGGGUUACUCAUUUGAAGACAGAAUGAUAGAUGACUUGUCUAAAGCAAUGGAGCAAGAGGAAGGAGACGAAGAGGAGGAGAAAGAAACAAAGCCGGAUCCCCUCCACCAGCUUAUUCUGCAUUUUAGUCGCACUGCUCUCACAGAAAAAAGUAAACUUGACACAGAUCAUCUCUAUAUGGCAUAUGCAGACAUUAUGGCAAAGAGUUGCCAUAUUGAUGAGGAAGAAGAAGGGGGAGAGGAAAUGUUGGAAGAUGCUGAGGAUGAGAUGUCCUUUGAGGUGCGACAGUCGGAACUGGAGAAAGAAAUGGAAAAACAACGACUCCUUUACCAGCAGUCCAGGCUUCACAAUCGUGGAGCUGCAGAGAUGGUGCUACAAAUGAUCAGCGCCUGUAAAGGUGAGACAGGCCCAAUGGUGUCAACAACCCUCAAACUGGGUAUUUCCAUCCUCAAUGGUGGAAAUAGUGAGGUUCAACGGAAAAUGCUUGAGUACCUUAGGGAUAAAAAGGACGUCGGAUUCUUUUUGAGUGUCCAGGCCUUGAUGCAAACAUGCAGUGUCCUGGAUCUAAAUGCUUUCGAGAGGCAGAACAAGGCUGAGGGGCUGGGCAUGGUCUCAGAAGAAGGCACUAAUGAGAAGGUGAUGGCUGAUGAUGAGUUCACCUGCGACCUCUUCCGCUUCUUGCAGUUGCUCUGCGAGGGUCACAAUAAUGGUGAGUUUGGUUUGUAUUUCAUAUACCGAGUAAAAUCGCAUUGUAGCGUGGAGACGUCACUAACAUGCCUACUAUCCUGCUGCUUGCUUGCAGACUUUCAGAACUACUUAAGGACACAGACAGGAAGCACAACAACCAUCAACAUCAUCAUCUGUACCGUCGAUUACCUGCUCAGACUACAGGAAUCAAUCAGUGAUUUCUACUGGUAUUACUCCGGAAAGGAUGUCAUCGAUGAACCAGGGAAGAAGAAUUUUUCCAAAGCAAUGACUGUAGCAAAACAGAUUUUCAACAGUCUAACAGAAUAUAUUCAGGGCCCCUGCACGGGCAAUCAGCAGUCUCUAGCCCACAGCAGACUGUGGGAUGCUAUUGUGGGCUUCCUCCAUGUCUUUGCUCACAUGAUGAUGAAGCUGGCUCAGGAUUCGAGCCAGAUUGGUCUGCUGAAGGAGCUUCUGGACCUGCAGAAAGACAUGGUCGUCAUGUUGCUCUCGCUUUUAGAAGGGAACGUGGUGAAUGGCACCAUUGCCCGCCAGAUGGUGGACAUGUUAGUAGAGUCAUCCAGCAACGUAGAGAUGAUCCUUAAGUUUUUUGACAUGUUCCUCAAACUGAAAGACAUUGUGGCAUCUGAUGCGUUCAAAGAUUACAUCACGGAUCCUCGAGGCCUUAUCUCCAAGAAGGACUUCCAGAAGGCCAUGGACAGUCAGAAGCAGUACACACCUUCGGAAAUUCAGUUCCUCUUGUCCUGCUCAGAGGCGGAUGAAAACGACAUGAUCAAUUACGAGGAGUUCGCCAGUCGCUUCCAGGAACCCGCCAAGGACAUCGGUUUCAAUAUCGCCGUACUGCUCACCAACCUGUCUGAGCACGUUCCUCACGACACUCGACUACAAAACUUCCUGGAGCAAGCAGAGAGUGUGCUCAACUACUUCCGUCCCUUCCUGGGCCGUAUAGAAAUCAUGGGCGCCAGCCGUAAGAUUGAGCGCAUCUACUUUGAGAUUAGUGAGGUCAACCGCAGACAGUGGGAGAUGCCUCAGGUUCGAGAAUCCAAGCGACAGUUCAUCUUUGAUGUCGUGAAUGAGGGCGGCGAGUCGGAAAAGAUGGAGAUGUUUGUCAACUUCUGCGAAGACACCAUCUUUGAGAUGAAUAUUGCCUCACAAAUUUCCGAGCAGGAAGAAGAAGAAAAGGGAGAAGAGGAUGACGAGAUAGACGAAGUCGCUGUUGAAGGAGGCACAGGAGCAGUGAGCGGAACAGGGGAGGAGGACACCAAUGGAGAGGAGGGGCCACCUGAGUCCAGUUCUGCCUUUGCAGACUUCAUAAACAGCAUGUUAAGCUUCUUUAGCAUCUUCACCUUCCGUAAUCUCCGCAGACAAUAUCGUCGGGUGAGGAAGAUGACUUUGAAGGAGAUUGUGGUCGCCCUGUCCACCUUCUUCUGGACCAUCCUGCUAAGCAUCCUGCACUUCAUCUACAACGUGUGCAAAGGCUUCUUUAUGAUUAUAUGGCAUACCCUGUUUGGAGGCGGCUUAGUGGAGGGAGCUAAAAAUAUCACUGUGACAGAGAUUUUGGCCAGCAUGCCUGAUCCAACGCAGGAUGAUGUGCACGGUGAUGGACCAGGGGAACCUGGGAUGGGGGAGGAGCAAGACAUGGGAGGGGUUACGGACACUGGAGAAACAGGAAGUGGGGAAGAGGAAGAGGAGGAUACCCAGGACAAAGAAGGUGGAAGGAUACCGGGUAUCGAUGCUCCUGGUGGGCUUGGAGACAUGGGGAUUGAGGCCACUGUUGAACCACCUACCCCUGAGGGGACGCCUAUAACAAAGAGAAAAAUGCAGCAAACUGAAGAGACCGACGCCAGCCAAAAGCCUCCAGAACCAGUUCCUGUUGAGGAAACACCUCCAGAGCCCGAAAAGGCUGAUGUUGAAACCGGAGAGAAAGCAGAAAAGGAAUCUGAGACUCAGGAGAAAGAAGUGACCUCAGAACCAAAGAAGUCUGCAGCGGUAAAAGAAAAGAAGCCUAAAAAGGGAGGAGGAUUCCAAAUCUGGACUGAGCUGGAAAACCAGCGAAAUAAAUUUAUGAACUACCUCUCCAGAAACUUCUACAACUUGCGUUUUCUGGCUCUGUUCCUCGCUUUUGCCCUAAACUUUAUUCUGCUCUUCUACAAGGUGUCGGACACCCCACCUGAAGGCGAUGACAUGGAAGGAUCCGGGCUGGCAGAAGGAAGUGGGUUCUUUGAAGGCUCUGGUCUAUUUGAAGGCUCAGGGGAUGAGGUGGAUGGUUCUGGAAUGGAUGAUGGAGAUGAAGAUGAAGAAGAUGUACCGCUGUAUUUCUAUCUGGAGGAGAGCACGGGCUACAUGCAGCCUACGUUGUCCUUCCUCGCCAUUCUUCACACCGUCAUCUCCUUCAUCUGCAUCAUUGGUUACAACUGCCUCAAGAUUCCACUGGUGAUCUUCAAACGGGAGAAAGAACUUGCAAGAAAGCUAGAGUUUGAUGGGCUUUACAUCACGGAGCAGCCGGAGGACGAGGAUAUCAAGGGCCAGUGGGAUCGUCUUGUCCUGAACACUCCAUCCUUCCCAAACAACUACUGGGAUAAGUUUGUCAAACGAAAGGUUUUGGAUAAAUACGGAGACAUUUAUGGCCGAGAAAGAAUCGCCGAACUGUUGGGUGUGGACUUAGCGUCCCUGGAUGUGAGUCAACAGCAUGAAAAGAAACAAGAGGAAUCUGACAACUCAGCGUUUGCAUGGGCUACUACUAUUGACAUCAAGUACCAGAUCUGGAAGUUUGGUGUGGUGUUCACGGAUGGUACCUUCCUUUAUCUGUGUUGGUACCUGAUUAUGUCCCUGCUCGGCCACUAUAACAACUUCUUCUUCGCGUGUCACCUGCUGGACAUUGCCAUGGGCGUCAAGACCCUGCGCACCAUUCUGUCUUCUGUGACACACAAUGGCAAACAGCUGAUGAUGACAGUAGGUCUGCUGGCAGUGGUUGUGUACCUCUACACGGUUGUGGCUUUCAACUUCUUCCGAAAGUUUUACAACAAGAGCGAGGACGAGGACGAACCCGAUAUGAAAUGUGACGACAUGAUGACUUGCUACCUCUUCCACAUGUACGUGGGUGUACGUGCUGGCGGGGGCAUCGGAGAUGAAAUCGAGGAUCCUGCCGGGGAUGAAUAUGAGCUCUACAGAGUGGUCUUUGACAUCACUUUCUUCUUCUUUGUCAUUGUCAUCUUGCUGGCCAUCAUCCAGGGUUUGAUCAUUGAUGCCUUUGGAGAACUCAGAGAUCAACAAGAGCAGGUCAAAGAAGACAUGGAGACAAAAUGCUUCAUAUGCGGCAUCGGGAGUGAUUACUUUGAUACAACACCGCAUGGAUUUGAGACUCACACGCUGGAUGAACACAACCUGGCCAAUUAUAUGUUCUUCUUAAUGUACCUUAUCAACAAAGAUGAGACUGAACACACGGGACAGGAGUCGUACGUAUGGAAGAUGUACCAAGAGCGUUGCUGGGAUUUCUUCCCUGCUGGAGACUGUUUCCGAAAGCAAUAUGAAGAUCAACUGUCAUAAUGAACAAGUAGAACACUCUCUGGAGUGCUAUUUAUGUAUUUAUACUUUAUAUAACAUAUGCAGCAGUGAGUGAAAGCUCACUUUCAGACAAUGUGAGAAGAAAAAGCUUCUGAUGUGCUGAUUUAAAUAGUGCCUUAAUCUCAACACUGAUUUCAUUGAUUGCUCCACACAUGAUGACGAAUAUAUAUAUAUAUUUUCUCGUCUCGUGAUCAUUUUGAAUUGUGUUCUUAUUUAUUUAUUUCUUCUUUUUUCAUUUUAAUUUGAUGCGGAUGGCUCAGCAGGUCGUUCUCUGUCGUGCGGAUUUGGAUGAGAAAUGAGCCGAAGAGGUUUAGAGGUUUGAGCGGUUUAGGCCAAAACAAAACUGUAAUUACAUAAUCACAGUGUCCAAUGUAUGAGUACACACUCACUUGCCACUCACUACGUUAGCUACAACUGCAUAAAAAAAUCUGUCUUUACAAAAAUAAUACAGUAAUACUCAGUUUUCAAUGUAAAACUUCACUGAAGUAAAUGGACAGUUGUUUUUAAGGUUAUAUAUAGAGAUGCAACAGCCCUACACCAUUGCAAAUUACAAAAAUAAACAUAUACACCUGAGUGUGCCAAUCAAAACUGAACCUUAUUAUCUUUGCAACAGCUACAGAAGCUUUGAUGCACUGUAUCUUCCAAGACCUAAAAUGAAGUGUGUUUAUAAUAGUAAACCGACAUAUCACACAUCCAUAAACACACAACGCGCAGCAUCUUUUGCGCAACACAACAGUUUGUGCAUGCGUGCUAUUC